AUGGAUUCAGCUACUGAGUACGUAGGAGUUCCAGGUGUCAAAAGCCCUGGUGACAAAUUUGUCAUGGUCUAUACAUGCAGCGUGUGUAAAGUACGCUCAGCCAAGACGAUCAGCAAACAUGCUUACUACAAGGGUGUGGUAUUAGUGCGUUGUCCUGGUUGUGACAACUUACAUCUUAUUGCGGAUAGGUUGGGAUGGUUUGAGGACGAUAGUACAGACGUGGAGAGUCUAUUGCAGCAAAAGGCCGAGAGUGUUCGUUUUGUUACAGGUGAUGAUGUGCUUGAAUUGACCGAAAAUGAUAUUCUUGCCAUCAAGAACAAGGAUUAG